AUGGAAAACAUUGAUGAGUAUAGCGAAUUUAAAACAUUUCUUUCCAAAGUAUUAAUGUUACAUGAAAAGUGUGGAAAUGUUUUCUCCAAUGGAAUAAUGCAAAUUGAGCACUUACAAGACAAAGAAGACAACAUCGGACUGCUCAGUCUCACCGUAUUCGAAUGGCAUCGACUUCAGCGCGAAAUUGCUACUUGGAAGUCUAAAUUAUUGACCAAAGCCGUUAAGCCUGGAUAUAAAACUUCUUCAGCAUCUGAGAUUAUAUCCCUACCGAAAGCCUUCAGAGAUAGUUUUCAUACACAGGAUGGAAAGGGACAUAUUGUCAUGUCUGUGGAACGAUCGAAACGGAAGUUUAAAAAUUUAUGGUAUGAAUGCCCGAUAAAUCCUCAAGUGUUUUCGAACUCCAUGAUUUUGAAAAUGGCCCAGGAGAGACUGCAAUAUGAGAAAUCGUUGUGUGCUUGUGAAAUGUGGUGCCGAGAUCAACGCAAAAAGAGAACUUGCGUUAUGUUAGCAGCAGCACAGAAAACAGUGAUUUCCACAUGGACUGACUAUUACAAAAGUCAAAGUGUUGUUGGUCUCUGUGAAAUUGCAGAUAAGCAAUAUCCUGCAGUGGUGGAUUUCAUGGAAACCAGAAAGGACAAGUCGUGCAUCCCUCCGAAAGCCUUUUAUGAAAUGUUAGGUCUGUAUGUUGCAAUGUUGGAAGAAGCUAGUGCAUUCUCAGACCACAUUCACUUGGAAAGUGCAGCCAGUAUGCAACAGAUUGUCUCACCUGUGGUGCAGAAACACCGAAAAGAGGUGCAAAUCUUUAUUUGUAAAGCAUUAAUAAUUGAUGAUUAACCCAUUGAGCAGCAAUGUGCCCCACUGCAUCCUACUUAUUUUUUUUACUUGUCUAACGCCAAAUGAUUUUACUCUUCAAUGGGGAAGCUCUGCAGCUUAAUGGUUAAUCAAAAAAUCUAACAAUGUCUCUAGUCAACCCAUUGAGCCACAGUGCGCCCUACUUAUUUUUUUUACUUGUCUAACGCCAGACGAUUUUACUCGUCAAUGGGGAAGCUCUGCAACUUAAUGGGUUAAACUUCAAAAGCAAUAUAAAAUAUUUUAUCAACUGGUACUCUAAAUAAAAUGGUACACUAGGGAGACAGUAUCAAAGAAUAUUUAUACACUGCCUAUAAAAUUAAUGUAAUUCACACCUAAGGAAAAUUUUAGAAAAUCUUACAAAAUUAAACUUUUUCUUUUAUUAAUACAGGUUACAACUCAGAGUAUAAUUUUUUUAAAGAUGAAGCCUUGCCAGCACUCCAAAAAAUGGUCAAGGAAAAGGUUGCAGAAGCCAAAACAAUUCUGAAGGACCGAGAGAAAUAUGGGUAUUGUGUAGAAUACAAAAAGGCCAAAAGAAAGGCACAGAAGAGAAAGAUGAAAGCAAAGAGAGCAAAGGCAGUAACUGGAGAGUCAUCCAAGGAAAGUGGAAGUCCAAUUGGUGAUGUGCAGGAGACAGAGGUUGCUGUGGUUCAGUUAAUAGAUGUCAAAGAGGAUUAUUACAGCAGUAUCAGUGAAGCAGAAUCAUGCAGCAACUGA